GCAGGCAGCGGGAGAAGAAAGGAGCGGAUGCACUGAGGGCGAAGGAUGCGCAGGAUAAUGUCGCCGCUUUGGAACGUACCCCACCGCCCGGUACCAUGAUAAACACAUCCGAGGCGGUGAACCGCAGGAGGCCGUCGGCGGCCAGGCGGAGCGAGCGCUGGAUCGCCUGGUGCCAAGCGGCGCUGCUCGGCGUGUCGGCGCUGGUCAUCGCGGCCGAACGUAGCGCUCUGAUCUACUGCAUAGGGUUUUACCUUUGGAACGACGAGACACGGUGGGCCGGCUUCACUCUCGGACUCUUCCUCCCGGGCACGGCGGUGCAGCUGCUGAGCGUCAAAUGGUAUUAUGAUGACGGUGACGACAGGCGAUGGUACCUCUCUACCAUACACAUUCUUCACUUGGGAAUCUUCAAAAGGUUAUGGGACUGCAUGAGGUAUGUGUCCCGCAUGCAAGGAUCAGUGGCAGAGCUCGGCGCUGUCGUCAUGCAGCAGGCAGAUGUUGCUGCUCUUUGGCUCCUGGAAGCCCUGGUCGUCUCGCUGCCGCAGAGCCUGCUGCAGGCGUACAUCGUGGUGUCUACUGAUGUAGGGAUCAUGUCCCCAGUUGCCUACUCCUGUGGUCUUUGCGUGCUGUCUAUUUCCUGGGCCCUGGUGCUGUACAGCCGAGCCUGCUGUCUCAUCCGGCCAGGCCACCUUGCCAUGCCUCCGGCAGCCCUUCUGUGCCAGCUGGUGUGGAGAGCUGGCAUGCUGGGUGCCAGGGUGACAUGCCUCAUGUUCUUUGCCAGGGUGUUCAACUGGUGGGUCUGUGGAGUGGCAGGUUUUCACUGGCUGACCGCCUCCUUCUGGCUGGUGUCGCAGCAACCAGACAUCUGCACCGGUCCCUGGUGUUGGCGUGCCUUUAACGGCCUCCUGGGGCUUGUCCAUGUCUUCCUCUUUCUUAACAUCAAAGACGGACCAUCACGAUUCCGCAUGGCCAGCUUUUAUACGUUCAUGCUGAUUGAGAAUACCACUUUACUGCUGGCCGCCUCUGACUUACUGAGUGAAGCAUCAUGGGACAACAUGACGCUCCCCAUCAGUGUCCUGAGUAGCUUUAUCCUUGGCGCUACCUCCCUGGUCAUCUACUACAGGUUCCUCCACCCCAAGUCAACAGAGAUCGCCCAAGGUCUGAACCGCAACCACAUGGGUAGCACGUGCAUAGAACGUGGGGAGUCCUCCUUCUCACUCGGGGACAAAAGCCUGCCGGUUGGUGGUGUUCAAAACCACGGCAGCUUCUCCCUCUCCGGUGUGGCUGGUUCACUGCUGGAGCAUCCGAGCUCAUGUGGAGGGAGGCCAAACAGCUCCUGCCCUUGCUACCACCAUCAUUGGCUCCUCAUCCGGCUGGCCCUGAAAACAGGCGACCUGGGGAAGAUCAACCGGGCAUACGGGGCAGGUGGUGCGGCAGCCAUACUGGACAUGGAGGAGUACAACCAGGAGUUUAAGAGUAACGAAGGCAUCACCACCACAGCAGGGGGCAGCUGUGAGGGUGUGUCCAUGUCUGAGUCUCAGGGGAAAGGCUUGGCACCCCUCUCGGACUGCAAAGACGAAUUUCAGACUGUGAGUGAACCCACGUCCUUUGAACAAGCAGAGGAUGACAGUCUGGAGAUGGAGAGCCCGCUGGAGUCACCCGCAUCCGAUUUCAAACGCAGCUCACCGGAGGGCAAAUCCGUAUUUGGAGACAGCCCGGAGCCAUACUUUUGCCCCACGGAGUCCAGCUCAACCCUCUACUUCAGCGCGGAUCCCCAGUCCCCCAGCAGCUCCAGUAACCCCCGUUUGGACCGGGACAUCGGGGGCCUUGAGCAGGGAGUGCGUCUCAAUUCCAUUCCAAGUGAUCCAGCUCUUCACAGGGACGUCCGAGGGCUAAUAGGUCGGGUUGGACCACGCUACACAUCCACCCCUAAACUGGACUCAGGAGUGCUGGAGUCUCCCUCCAGUGUCCCUCACCUCAGUGGUCCCAGGAGGCAGCUCAUAAUGUCCCGCAGGGAUGAAGAUGAACAUUUCUGACAUGAUUCCGGGGUAGGAUGACUCCAGCAAGUGAAUCCAUCCUAAAGUGAAAAGAACCAGAUGAGACAGACAUAUAAUACACAAACCAAAUGACCAUCAUGCUGAGCUAGUAGUGUGUCUUUAUCUCAAUGCAAUACAUUGCACAAGUGGAGCCAUUUAAUGCUGUUUUAAAAGCAUCGUUAAUAAGCUAAUUCGUGUUUGGACGCACAUUCAAUACAUCAUACAAACUGGUAUGACCUCGUAGUUAUAAGUACUAAUUAAAUACCAUAUUCCUUCAAAUAGUGGCCUGUACUCUUAUAAGCGACUUGCACCAAUUAAUUCACUGUAUUUUGACAUCUGAUACACCAGCCUUUUUUUGCCACAAAGCUGUUUACAUAAAAAGUGCUGCUGUAAUGCUGAGAGCUGCAAAACAUGUCAGCAUUCAAAAAUGAUCGGAUAUCCGUAAUCGGUGGUUAUACACAGAAAAGGGAAGGUCAUGUAUUUAAUAUAGCAGUUCAAUAAAACUGCAGCCACAAAAUACUGCUGUGUAACACUUGUUUUGCCACACUAUUCUAAGCUAUUCUGCAUUCUUCAGAAGUGUCAUUAAGAUCUGUCGGAUCUUGGAUAACUCUUUACACAACUUGAUGUUAUUAAAUAGAGAGAGUAAGAGAAUUAAAAAAAAAACAAGCCUCUAAAUAGCACAAGCCUCUGCUUCACUGGCUUCCUUAAAGCACAAGUAUCCUGUACUAUACAUUUUUUGUGGUGUCAUUCCAAUUAAAAAAAGGAAUCCUCAGUUUCAACAUACUCUGUAUUUUUUUAAACUAUAUAUACACAGUAUAUAUACAUAUUCUCGUGCAGUGCAUUGAGCAAGAUUGAUGUGUCCGCCUGGAAUUCUUUUUCAUUUCAAAUGUGUGACUUUACAAGAUGUAAGAAACACCCACGUUAGAAAGGUUUUUUUUUGUGUCAUUACAUACUGGCAGCGAUGUUCUCUUAUGUGUUUUCAGCAGCUGUUUCUGCAAAUACAUGCUACUUUUUUUUUUUUUUUACUCGGGUGUGUAAAAGCAGACAUGAGUUUUUCUCCUUCACUCAAGCGCUGUAUGAAAUUUGAACUGUGAAGUGCAAGGCCGCCUGUGGCUUGAAAUAAGCAAUAAAAAGCAAAUCUAUUGAAGUGA